UUUUGGACAUGCUUAAUUUCCAGCAUGCCUCCAUUUGAGAGCUAUUCAGACUUUUCUCUCCGGUCUCAUUUCCUGUCCCAUAAAUACAAGUGGAAGUCCCCAUUGUUUGGAAGUUUUAAAAUGUUCUCAAUGGUCCGUAGUGGGAAGAGUGGUGGCCUCCACCUGAAGCAGAUUGCCUACUACAAGCGAACAGGAGAGUAUCAUCCCACAACGUUGUCAAGUGAAAGAAGUGGAAUCAGGAGAGCAGCCAAAAAAUUUGUUUUCAGAGAAAAUAAAUUGUACUAUGUUGGAAAAGACAGAAACCAAAUGCGCCUGGUCAUUAUUUCAGAUGAAGAGAAGAAAAAGGUGCUUGAAAAGUGCCAUGAAAAUGCUGCUGGCACUCAUCAUGGCGUAUCAAGAACACUAGCUUUAGUGGAAUCUAAUUACUACUGGACCUCUGUAACAAAUGACGUCAAGCAGUGGGUGUAUGCUUGCCAGUAUUGCCAAGUGGCAAAGAAUACAACCACCACAGCACCCAAAACACACCCUAUCAAAGUGAAGGAUCCAUGGACAGCAGUCAGUAUAGACCUAAUGGGACCUUUCAGUGUUACCAACAGAAGCCACAAGUACGUCAUAAUUAUGACAGACUUGUUUACAAGAUGGACUGUUAUCUUGCCACUGCAUGACAUUUCAGCAGCUGAAGUUGCUAAGGCAGUCACAAAUGUGUUUUUCUUAUAUGGGCCACCUCAAAAAAUGCCAAUGGAUCAAGGGAAGGAGCUUGUUCAUCAGAUAAAUGAAGAACUGUUUGCAGUGUUUGGAAUGAAACAAAUUGUGUUGUCUUAUCCUCAGACAGAUCACGUAAAUGCAAGAACAUGCAAAACAAUCAAAGCUUUCCUUAACAAAUACUGCAUCAACCAUCCAAAUGAUUGGGAUGAACAUUUGUCUGCUAUUGCCUAUGCUUUCAAUUUGACAGAUUUGGAGCCAGGUCAAACCACCCCAUAUAUCCAAAUGUUUAAUCGUAAGCCACAUGUUGCUGAGCCAAUGAAUAUAUGUGCGGAAGGAGAAUACAGUGUGUUUGCCAAAAUGUUUAAAGCAGCUAAAACAGCCAGUCAAGCUCUAGAAGAGCAGAAAACCUCAGAUUGCCAGGUGGAGAAAAACACUUCAGAUGAACAGAAAAUCAGAAACAAAAUCACUGUCAAAAGGAAGCCAAAGCAGUUAAAUACCAUGCGACUUAAAGUUGGUCAUGAAGUCCUCAGGCAAAGAAAAAACUGGUGGAAAGAUGGUCGUUUCCAGUCAGAAUGGGUUGGUCCUUGCAUUAUAGAUUAUAUCACAGAUAAUGGCCACGCAAUAUUAAGAGAUGUCACAGGAUCCAGGUUGAAAAGACCCAUCAAGAUGUCUCACCUUAAGCCAUACAUAAGAACAUCCAGUGAAAAAGGACACUAUUUUUAUUGUUGGACAGUCACUCUGGCUUCCAGUUCCUCAUCAAACUACUCAUCCAUAAGGAGGAAGUCACAUGCAUGUCAAGCCUGCAGAUAAUCUCCAGCUGUUACAAUGACUUUAGUAAAUUGUGUCAUAGUAUAAAAAGUUAAAUGUAGUUGCCUUUGUAGAAUGAGAGCAUAGUAUGUUUACCAGUAGCAAAGCAGUAUGUAAGCAAAGAGUCUCUUUCCUUUCCCAGGAAAUGACUAAAGAUCAGUUGUCUGAUACCAGCAAAAACUUCAAUCAUGAAUGGUCAUGAAUACUUACAAAUCUUUAUACACUAAUAUUCACAUAUCUUUUCAUUGUGUAGAGAGGCAAACCAGGUUUUUCCAAAAUAAUAGGUGUUUCUUAUCAAACAGCCUAACAGCAAUCAAGAAUCAGGAAUAUUAUUUCAGGUGGAUAAGAACAGUGAAACUGGGCAGUGAAUGGCAUAGUGAAUGUCAUCUGUUUUCAUCCAUAAAGAAAUACAAGUAUCUUUAUAACAAAGGACUCCUCUUUAUUAGCAGGGGUCUACUUUUUUGUUAUCUGCAGCUGCUAUGGCGUAAAUCUGGUGGCAGAUACAUUUAAUCAUAACCCAUGUGUUGCUGAGUCAUUGAACAUAUGUGUGGAAGGAGAAUACAGUAUGUUCGCUAUGGUGUAAGUCUGGUGGCUGUCCCUUCAGGCUGGUGGCAUAACCUUGGAUGACAACAAAGCAUUUGUAAUGUUCUCUGAAAUCAAAAUGCAGAAAGUAUGUUUAGGGCGAGGAUAUUUCUGUCCUUGCCUCCCAACUUUGUAAGUGUUUCUAAAGUGUUUUGUUUACCUUGCUCCAAAAAUCUGAAGUGUGUCUUGCAUGUAUUACACUUCAAGUGUGUGAAUUUGGGAGUUUUAAAGGGGAAAAGCAAAGCCUUAAAAUGGGGUGCUACUUCUUUUAUUUGAGGAAAAAAUCUUUUGCAUGUAAGAAUAGGCAAUCAGAAGUAAAGUGGUUUUUUUUCAUAACCUUUUGUAACAGUCUCUCAAUCCUGAGUCAGCGCAUUGAUAGAGCCCUUGGUACAGGCAACACAGACUUGCAGUCUGGGUGUACCUGGGUUGCUUGCUGCCUGUGUGUCUUUACAGCCAGGAAGAAGUUCCAGGGGACACCUUAUGCAUACAUAAAUAUACAUGUCUGAAGCAACAUUUUGUCUUCCUUGUUUGAGUGUAGUUUGGUUUAAAUAUUAAAAUCAAGAUAACGC